CCUCCAUCGACAAUCAUUGCCCCGCAACAAACUUAAAACCCUUGGGCACCGUCGGUGACAUCUAGGGCAUGGAGAGGCCGCGAGCGCGGCGGCAGAUCGACGGAAUGCGGCGGAGUUCAAUUGCUGCAUGUCGAUGGAACUGGCCAGGAUUACCUCGAGGUGUUAGAUUUGAUCCAUCUGAUGAGGAGUUGAUGUGGCAUUUACUUGCAGAGACUGGGGAAGGGGAGGCGGAGCCUCAUCCCUUUAUUGGUGAAUUCAUUAUUUCCCUUAAUGAAGAUAAUCAAACUUUUUAUUCAUCUCCUCACAAACUACCUGGUAUAAAGAAGGAUGGAAGUCUGUCCUACUUUUUCCAUAAAUCAUUAAAGGCACACGAGAAUAAGAGGCAAAUGCCUAGAAAGAUUCUGAAUGGUGACUUGGGCAAUGUUUGCUGGCAUAAAAUUGGCAAGACUAAACCAGUGUGCAUAGAUGGAGUUCAGAAAGGUUUGAAAACAAUUAUGGUUCUAUACAUGAGCAUGUCAGACAGUGACAAGCCAAAGAAAACCAACUGGAUGAUGCAUCAGUAUCAUGUUGGUGGUGAAGAGCAUGUGGAGGGAGAUCUUGUUAUUUCUAAAAUCUUUUAUCAGGUGAAGUUCAGGCAAGAUGACAAGAUUGCACAUGAUCUUGGUCUAAAUAACACUGCUGGCACAGAAGAGAAGGUUGCAGUUGCUCCAAGAUUAUGUGGAAUUAGAGGUCAUGCACAAAAUUCCAAUUCAAUCUCCAUGGAGGUGCCAUGUCAGGCUGAAGAAAAACGUACUUAUGCUGGGCUACGGAACUUUGACUACAAUAAUGGUUUUUCUAAAGAAGCUUCGAAUAUCAAUAUAAGUCUGUCUCAAUUUUUAUCAGAUCCUCAGCAGCAGGAGAAUGACAACUUAGCAUGUCCUGGGCAUGCGCAGCACCAAUCUCAUUGUGGACUUGAAGUGGAAAGGAGUAAAUCAUGUAUAUCUGAUAAAGCAGAAAUAAGUCAUCAUGGCCGGGAAGAAGUUCUGGUGAGACCCGAUGUUGUUAUGGAUAAUUAUGAUCCUAAGGAAUCAUCAUACUCAGGAAAAAUGUAUUUUAAUACGGCUCAAGAAGGAAAAUCAUCUUGGAAUAUGUUAACUUCAUCUCAAAGUGCGCUAGACGGUCAAGGUCAUACCAGAAGUUCAUUCCUAACACCUGCUCCUGAGGUCAAAUUUGAAACUUCUGGACAAGCAGGGUUUGAUCUCCACGAUUCUAAUAUGGAUGACCAUUCUGUUCUAUCAGGUCAUUCUACUCAGGUGAAGGUUGAACCCUUUUAUCAUAUGCAACAAAUCUCAUGCAAUGAAGUCAGUGAUAGUAUCUCCCCUGCUGCUGUGGGAAUGUCUGAGCUAUUAUGUGAAUCUGGACGCAAUGAUGAGAUUGAUCAUGUUACGUUGCAAGAACGGUAUAAAUUGAUGCUAUCCAGUAGAAAUCGAGCCCUUGAUGGUCAAAGUAACUUGGAAUUUAGUGGAAAUAUUGAGAAAUGUGCUACUGUAUUUGCUUCACAUAAUAGGAUACAGGGUAAAGACAGUGAAAUUCUCCCUAGAGAAGAGAGACGUGAAGCUCCGUUGGUCCAUUUGGAAUCAAGUGACAAUGUCUGUGCACCCGAGGAUUCUUCUUUCAGGCUUAACACCAAUAACAUGAAAAAUUGCUUUGGUGGAAAUAUUAAGGAUGGAAUUCAACCUAAUAAUGCACAAUUUCUGCAUGAAGAAUGUCAUCAUCACAGCACUCAAUAUGACUAUGCAAGAUCUAAUCCAGUAACAGACUCACCAGGUGUUGUGUUAUCAGAUGGUCAUCUUGCAGUUGGUCAGUCUUUUCCAAGUUUAAUGUUAGAAGCUGACAGAUCUGAUGAAAAUGGAGCUUCGGGGAAUUUACUUGCGUGUGAAGCAUCUUCUCCAGAAGUUAGGUUGCCUGUUAAUACGAGAGAACCUGGACAUUUGCAUGAUAUGGAUGCCACUAUGCACUCUUCUAUGACUGCUCCAUGUCUCUGUGAAGUCACAAGUCCAGAUGACUCCUCCCCUGGAAGAUGCAAAUCUCAGCAACAUCAGGAACAUAGCUGCAGAUGUUCAGAUGGAACAGGCAUUUUAGGCGCUGAACUGCUUGAUUCAGUAGAAAGGAUACUGCAUCAUAAUGAUUGCAAUCAUCCAAGUAAGACAACUAAAUUUGUCUUCCCCAUUGAAGUUAAAGCGGAGCCGUCGGAAGAAAUUACCAAGUGUAUCCCUGAAAAGAAUGCUAAGGAACUUUCAAGUUCUUUUUCUGAAAGAUUCUCGAGUUCCAACAAAAAUCUUCUUGCUUCAGUUCUGUCGAGCUGUUCUGUCAGUGGCCGUCAUGAGGACCAUCCAUCAAUCUUGCCAGAGAUCUAUAUUGUCAAGAAGGAAAAUAUUGAUGGACCAGCGACAGACUUUAUAGAUCAUAUUCCACUAAUGGAACGGAUGCAGAUGUUAUCCUCAACUAGUGUCGCUAACUUGAGUCAUGAUAAAAGUGUGGACAAUGCUCUACAAGCUCUACCCUCUCCAGAAUGCGGUUCUUCUAAUGUAAAUCCUGAAAAAAAGCGUUUCUCGCUCAGGAGGAAAAGGAAAAAGACUGCCACGGACUCGGUGGAAGCAGCGCUUGAGGAAGAUGCUCCUGGACUUUUACAGGUUCUACUUGAUAAAGGUAUAACUGUUGAGGAAAUUAAGCUUUAUGGGAUUGUAGACAACAAUGCAGAUUUACCUAUUUGCUCCUCUGAGGAUUCUUUUGAAGAACUUGAGACUGUAAUAGCCAAGUUAUUUUCUGAAGGUCCAUCCGUUUUUAAGUUCCCUCACGUGAGGCAAAUAAAGGGAUUUAAAGCUGUUUACUGUUUAGCCUGCUUGAUUUCACUUAUUGAACAGGCUCGAUAUCUCCGCUUUCAUCGGAGCCCUGUUGAGUGGGGAUGGUGUAGGGACCUGCAAUCUUUCAUUUUUGUAUUUGAGAGGCAUAAUAGGAUAGUUUUGGAACGUCCCGAAUAUGGGUAUGCUACAUAUUUCUUUGAGCUAGUUGGCUCUUUGCCCAUUGACUGGCAGAUUAGAAGGUUGGUAACAGCAAUGAAGCUUCCUUGCUGUAGCAGAACAAUCUUACUUGAGAACAAGCCCCUGGUGGUUGGCGAAGAUCUGACAGAAGGAGAGGCUCUUGUCAUGGAGGGAUAUGGUUGGAUUCGAAACACUGGUCUGGGGACAUUGCUCAAUUACUGCGAUAGGGUUGUGCAUGAUAAGAAAAUGGAGAGGUACAACUCAGAAUGGAGGAACAAGAUUGGUAAGCUGCUAAUGAAAGGCCAUGAUGGCGGACGCACUAUACUCUCUAAUCUUCCAAAGAAGGUUGCUCGAUAUAUGGAGUAUCGAAAUCCAGAAGUUAAGCAAGAUGCACCCGUACCCUCUAAUCUCCCGAAGAAGGUUGCUCAAUAUAUUGAGUAUCAACAUCCAGAAGUUAAGCUGGAGCUGGAAGUGUAGUGUAUAGACACCGAUGAAGACAAUAGCAAUGUAAAUAUUGGGUUUGAGCAGUAAUUUAACAGCAAGAAAUCUACAAGCCGUGUAUGUGCUGUUGUUUAUUUGUGGUGUUCAUCUUUGCUCCAACAGAUACAUGAUGCUUGUAAAGUUGUUUUGUCUGCCUCCUAAAUAUCUUAGACGGUGCUUGUGUUUGCUGCUCCUGGAUGAAGUAGGGGCAGUCUCUUCAAUAACGUCUAGUUGUAACAUAGGUCAUCCAGCUAAAAAACGUACGUUUAGCGAGUUGUUUUCCUUCAUUUGA